CACAGUAUUCAUUCGGGACUCGCUGGAAAUAAUGCUUAGGUCACUUUAUUAUUUGUGCGCUACAAUGAAAAGCACUCCGGCGUGUGUUCGCCUCAACUAAUUGUUGCUUUUCAGACGGGAAUCACUCCCUGCAGGCUUAAAUUACAUCUCUGCAGCAUCCUUGCAGAGUAGCCUCUGCUCGCCGAUUCCAUUUUUUCCCCGACUGCAUUUAAGCGGUGCCAUCGACGGAACCUGAGACUGGUUCACAUACACGGGCUCCUACACCGCAUCCUGGACCGGCAUCGGACGAUCUCUUUGAGCAUGGAGUAAAAAGAUCAUUACGGAAAGAAAAAGUUAGUAGUCUUCUCCACGCACGAGCAGUGCCCCUGGGUUUGGGUUUAAUGCUUAUCGAAAGGCGUCAGGAACCCAGAGGGUAGGCUGGUGUGCAGAUGAGGAAAACGAUGUCGUGCUCGUCAGCCGCGGCGCUGUUCACCUGGAAUACCUGAAGCGCUCUCUCCUAUGGCACGCAGCAGCAUCAACUUAGAAACACUGUUGCAUGUUUUCAUGUCUGAUAUCUGGGCCCCUUUGGCCUAACCCUUAGAUAUUUUAUAUAAGAUCGGUUGCUGUUGAUUUUAUAAGCCCGAGUGUCGAAGCAAAACUCGCAGCAGCUAAUCAUAUUUAUAGAUAUAUAUCUAAAUAUUCUCUACUGUCCCCACAAGAGGAUGCUGCCCGAAGCGCAAUGAUGCCCUGGACUCGAAGGAUUUUCGUGAUCAGUAUGACAUUUAGUUAAAAAAAAAAAACCCAACAAACUCGUGGACCUAAGGACAGAAUCAACGUUCUUAUUUUUUUUAUUUCCGCCACACGCCAAUUACCUACAGUGAGAUCCGACAUCUGCCGAAGUAGACUUUCCGUUUUCAGACUCGGUUCGGGGAGAUGGCCGCGAUCGCCAGCUCCCUGAUCCGGCAGAAACGCCAGGCGAGGGAAUCCAACAGCGACCGGGUCUCGACUUCGAAACGUCGCCCCAGCCCCAGCAAAGACCCCCGCUCUCUUUGCGAGAGGCAUUUCUUGGGGGUCUUCAGCAAAGUCCGUUUCUGCAGCGGCAAGAAAAGACCCGUUCGGCGGCGACCAGAUGCACCCUCGAAACCUCCACAGGUGUCCCAUAAGGGCUGCAGGCUAGAGCCACAGCUGAAAGGCAUCGUGACACGACUGUUCAGCCAGCAGGGCUUCUACCUGCAGAUGCAGCCGGAUGGAACCAUCGACGGCAGCAAGGACGAGAACAGCGACAACACCCUGUUUAAUCUUAUUCCUGUGGGUCUGAGAGUGGUGGCCAUCCAGGGGGUGAAGAGUGGCUUUUACAUUGCCAUGAAUGGCGAGGGCAUGCUCUACAGCUCGGAGGUGUUCACCCCAGAGUGUAAGUUCAAGGAGUCAGUUUUUGAGAACUACUAUGUGAUCUACUCAUCCACUGUGUACCGACAGCAGGAGUCAGGUCGGGCCUGGUUCCUUGGUCUCACCAAGGAGGGACAAGUAAUGAAGGGCAACCGGGUCAAGAAGACUAAGCCCUCAUCGCACUUUGUUCCCAGGCCAAUUGAAGCCUGGUAUAAUUGUCCCAGCCUCACACCUGACCUUGUCUCUGUCUGCACAUCCAUCUCUUCAAUCUACUCUCCACUGUCCCCAUUCUCCUCUCCUCUCCUCUCCUCUCCUCUCCUCUCCUCUUGUUUCCAUCCCUUUCCCUGGCUUUCCAUCUUUUCCACAGUUUGUAUGUACAGGGAGCCAUCACUGCAUGAGAUAGAGGACAAGCACCGCUCCAGGAAGAGCUCAGGGACUCCCACCAUGAAUGGAGGGAAAGCUGUCAAUCAGGACUCCACAUAGCAUCUGAGGGAGGGGCUUCCAGCAGGGGGGAGAGGCCUCGUCCUGAAUGAAGGGAAGGGGCCAAAGGAAACUUCACCCGUCCCUCCCAAUGUACGCACCACCAUGGCCCGUGACAAACAGAGGGGUUUAUGAUGACAACGAGGAGCUAUUGCUGUACACCCAAGACAACGAAAACAAAAACUGAAGUCUUGCCUGUGAAAACCUUUUAGAUGAAUUAAUAUGAA